AUCAAACUUUUCAUGCGACUCGGUCACAGCAACACUGGUGUUACACUUACCAAAUCAUCUCUGUUAUUAAGCAUGACGAUAAACUAUGGUCGACAGGAAACGUUAAUCCAAUCAUCGAUUAAAAACCCUUCCUUGAUCAGUGCUGGUCUCAACAGCAUUGAAUUACCUUCACUGUAUGUUAAACACAUUACACAGAUACUAUUUAACGAUUUCAGUGUUAAAUAUUUGCUCAAAUAGCGUUACGUUCCCGGAGUGCCCCGUAAACUCCCCCGGUUGACUGGGGACAGCGCUCUCCCGGCAGGAGCCGCAGUUGUUUUCCUGCUCUCUGCCCAGCAGACUCCGAAGGAAUGGUAGCGUUAGCCGGUUAGCUCUUCAGGCAGCAGCUGUAGGAUUUACGUUAUUUGGCUUUCGGUUGUUGUGUUAAAAUAAUGAAUCUACUACCGUCUAAUCCUCACGGGAACGGGCUCCUUUAUGCUGGAUUUAACCAGGACAAUGGAUGCUUUGCCUGUGGAAUGGAGAACGGGUUCCGUGUGUACAACACCGAUCCUCUCAAAGAGAAGGAGAAACAAGAGUUCCUGGAGGGCGGGGUUGGCCACGUGGAGAUGCUGUUUAGGUGUAACUAUUUAGCAUUAGUGGGAGGAGGAAAGAAGCCAAAGUACCCAACCAACAAAGUGAUGAUCUGGGAUGACCUGAAGAAGAAGACGGUAAUUGAGAUUGAGUUCUCAACAGAAGUCAAGGCGGUGAAGCUGCGGCGGGACAGGAUCGUGGUGGUCCUGGACUCGAUGAUCAAGGUCUUCACCUUCACCCACAACCCCCAUCAGCUGCAUGUGUUUGAGACCUGCUAUAACCCCAAAGGUCUAUGCGUGCUAUGUCCCAACAGCAACAACUCCCUGCUGGCGUUCCCGGGGACUCACUCGGGCCACGUGCAGAUUGUGGACCUGGCUAACACAGAGAAGCCCCCUGUUGACAUCCCCGCCCAUGAGGGGGCGCUGUGCUGCAUUGCUCUCAACCUGCAGGGCACGAGAAUAGCUACGGCAUCGGAGAAAGGGACCCUCAUUAGAAUAUUCGACACAUCCGCGGGCCAGCUCAUACAGGAGCUACGGCGAGGCUCUCAGGCAGCUAACAUUUAUUGCAUUAAUUUCAACCAGGACGCGUCCCUCAUCUGCGUGUCCAGUGACCACGGCACGGUGCACAUCUUUGCUGCAGAGGACCCCAAAAGGAACAAACAGUCGAGUUUGGCGUCAGCCAGUUUUCUUCCCAAAUACUUCAGCUCCAAGUGGAGCUUCUCCAAGUUCCAGGUCCCGUCUGGCUCUCCCUGCGUGUGUGCCUUUGGAACGGAGCCCAAUGCAGUCAUCGCCAUUUGUGCUGACGGCAGCUACUACAAGUUCCUCUUCAACCAGAAAGGGGAGUGUGCCAGAGAUGUGUACGCCCAGUUCCUGGAGAUGACCGAUGAGAAAAUAUGACCGUUGACCCAUCUGGAGACUUGACACACCCUGUUUUUUUAAUUUUGUAUUAUUAUUUUGGAGGAGGGGGUCCCACGCAGCACUUCUCCUUAUCUUGACAGACUCUGUAAAAGAGCAUCAGAUGACCGGAGGACAAAGGAAGCUGAGCAUGGACUUUGGAGAGAAACCCUCACAGCAAAGAUGGACGUACCGACGAGGACUUUUCUCUCGUGGACUCCGGAGGAUUGUCUCUGAUUUGACUCGCAAACCAAACGCUUACCUAAAGGAGGGAAAAGUUAUGUUCCCUGAAUGGACAACAUGCCGCUUUUUAAGACGUCUUCCGAGGAAUUUACAAAAGGAUGGUUAUUUUUAAUCACAUAGAUGAUUCUGAUAGUUAGACGGUUAGGAAAUAUUGAGAUUUGUCGACUAACACCACCUAACUGAACUAUAGGGAGUGCCUCGAGACUGGAGAGAAUCUGUAUGUGUGCACAUAUUGUUGUCAUAUAUACAUACGUGUGUUUGUGUAUAUACCAAUGUACCAUAUUAGGUGUUUGCAAAGCAGCAUCGGUAUGAGGUGACGUGUCUCUGAUCCUGCGUUGUGAAGCGUCACCUUAGUAUUACUAGAUUUUCUUAUAUUCACUGUAUAAACACAACGCGCCAGGCUGAACUUCUAAUUCAAUAAAACUGUACAGAAUAGUAGCAGGAAAAAACUUAACACGUAAUUUUGUUUCCCUCGUCCCUCCUUUUUCUUUUUGUCAUACAUUGUGCAAUAUUUUUUCCCUAAAUGCUUUUUUUGCUAAGAGCUUGUGAAAGUUGAGUGUUUUUUGUUUUUACAUGGACAAAAAAAGCUUCAAGAAAUGGUUUGACACUUCUUGGAAAAUUGUUUACAUUCUUGCCGAGAGUGUGAUGGGAAGAUUGAUACAGCACCGUACGCUAAAUAUGAAGAAGGUAACCAAUUCUGCUAACCGGCACCUUUUUUUUUUUAAAGCUUAUUAUUGGCACAAUAUAUUGUUUUUUUGGUAAAGUUGGGAUUUAACAAAUAUAGUAUGUCAGCAUUAACCCCAUGUUUCCAGUCUUUAUGCUAAGCUAACCGCCUGCUAGCAUUAGCAUCAUCUUUACCCCACGCAACUCUGCAAUAAUGCAAAUGAGCUCCUUUCCCAAAAAUGUAGAACUAUUUCUUUAAGAGUUUGUAAAAGUGUUGGCACAUGCACGGUUUCCAGCCUAAAUCAUAAGAAAAUCUUAUCUAUUGGCUGAGAUUGAAAAGCCCUAACCCAACUGAAAAUCAGAAUAUUUUUGACCUCACUUCAUGUUUAAUGGUGAUUGGUAGCUUCACAUACUUUUCGUUGGCCAGUGUGGCUCUCCAGUCACACCGAUAUUGUGCCCUUUUUCUUUUUGCUUUAAAUCUUAAAAACACAUGUUCCCACUUGUAUCUCUGUAAACUGCUUCACACGCCCCGCCCCCCUAACUGUUGGAUAAAAUCAGCCAAUGCUAAUCAGGGACUCUGAAGUGCUUUGUUGAAGCUCAUGGCCAUCAACAGGAGAUCUGUUCAGUGUGGAUCCACCACAAUGGAACUGUGUUACUGUACAAUUAAAUAUUCCUCUUUUUUUUCCGUUUUGUCACGUUGAUUGACAGCAUUGUUGGUGAUUCGGUGCAAAAACACAUUUUGUUUGUGUUGCUCUCUGCAUCAGAUUGUACAUGUGUGUGUGUGCGCUGUUGGGCGGUUACUGCCCACAGUGGUGACGCUGCACAGACUGAAAAGCCAACUUGUGUCUGACAUACUCGGAUUGAUUGUAAAAACCUGCAUUUCAAUUUGUGAAUAAAAUUUAACAUCUGCUUUCAUAGUUAAA